AUGCAUAUCAUAUAUACCUUACUUGCUGGUUUGGCAAUUUUGCCAUUGUUGCUUUACGUAAGGAAUCCUUACGUUUUCAAAGACCUGAAACACGCGUUCAGGUGCAUUAUAAUGGGAGUCCGAUUCGGACGAUACAGAAAACAAAAACCGUUUUACAGCCUUUUGGAUCGCUUUCUAGAUAGAGUGGCGGCGCGUCCGCAGAAACCGUUCAUCGUGUUUGAGAAUAGCACCUACACGUAUGGAGACGCCGAUGAGCAAAGCAACAAAGUGGCCCGGGCUUUGCAAACGCAUGCCGGUGUGAAAGCAGGGGACAGUGUGGCUCUCUUCUUGGGCAACGAGCCGUUCUUUAUCUGGAUGUGGCUCGGCAUCGCCAAGUUGGGAUGCACAGCCGCCCUGCUCAACUCCAACAUCAGAUCCAAAUCUCUGCUGCACUGCUUCUCCUGCUGCGACGCCAAAGUCCUCGUUGCCGCUGCUGAGUUACAGGAUGCUGUCGAGGAGGUGUUGCCCUCCUUGCAGGAGCAGGGUGUCCAUGUGUUUAUCCUCAGUGAGAAAUGUGACAAAGAAGGUAUUGAGAGUUUCUCUGACAAGAUCAAGCUGGCUUCAGAUCAGCCUCUGUCACCUCAGCUUCGAGCCGACAUCACUUGCAAGAGCCCUGCACUUUACAUUUACACCUCAGGAACCACCGGCCUUCCCAAAGCAGCUAUAGUUAACCAUGAGAGGGUGUGGAUGGCAACCUUUUUGCAGUCUAUUUCUGGAGUCCGUUCAGAUGAUAUCAUUUACAUAUACCUGCCCCUGUACCACACUGCUGGCUUUCUAAUGGGACUUGGUGGCGCUAUAGACAAAGGUAUCACCGUUGUGUUGAGACGUAAAUUCUCUGCCUCUCAGUUCUGGGAUGACUGUAGGAAGUACAAUGUGACUGUAGUACAGUACAUAGGAGAGAUAAUGCGUUAUCUCUGCAACACACCGAAGCGAGAAAAUGAAAGAGAUCAUAAAGUCAGACUGGCUCUAGGUAAUGGGAUAAGAGCCGACACUUGGACCGAGUUCCUGCAGCGUUUUGGAGAUAUUUGUAUUUUUGAAUGCUAUGGAGCUACCGAAGGAAACAUCGGCUUUGUUAACUACACUGGAAAAGUUGGAGCUAUCGGAAGAGAGCAUUUCCUUCAUAAAGGUACGUAUCAAUAUGCCCUCCUAAAGUUCAACACAGAGAAAGAAGAGCCUGUCAGAGACUCCAGAGGCUUCUGUAUUGACGUUCCAAGAGGAGAAACUGGUUUGUUGGUUGCUAAGAUUGGAAUGAGAGCACCUUUCAGUGGCUAUGCCAAAAACAGGCAGCAGACAGAGAAGAAAAUACUAAGGGACGUGUUUGUGAAAGGAGACCAAUACUUCAACAGCGGUGACCUCCUAAAGAUAGACAAGGAAGGCUUCAUCUACUUUCAAGACCGUAUGGGAGACACAUUCAGGUGGAAAGGGGAGAAUGUGGCGACCACAGAGGUGGCCGAUCUUUUGAACAUGAUCGAUUGCGUUGAAGAGGCUAAUGUCUAUGGUGUAAAGGUGCCGGGACACGAGGGAAGAAUCGGGAUGGCAGCAGUCAAACUGAAGGAUGGCAUGGAGUUUGACACCAGCUCUACAUACGAGCUUGUCAAAGACUGCCUCCCCAGCUACUCAAGACCCCGUUUUGUUCGCAUACAGAGUGCACUGGCAGUGACUGGAACCUUUAAACAGAUGAAGGUGAGGCUAGCGGAGGAGGGCUUCGACCCAGCCGUCAUCAAAGAGCCCUUGUACUAUCUGGAGGACAGAGAGGGCUAUGUCCCCAUGACUCAGGACAUAUUCAGUUUAAUCUCAGAGGGAAAGGUUAAACUCUAAACAGUUUUGUUUUGAUCCUGGCAAGAGCUGUCUUUUAUGUUUUAAUCAUAAUGUUAAAGACCCAGUCCAGUGAAAAUA